GACAGGAAGCACAGGGUUAAACCUGCUGUGGCAGUGCCAUGCCGCCACGUUUUGUCAUCGAACGUGUCUCUCCGUGGAUCCGAGAUGGCCACAAUGCUUUCGGAGAUCUCUGCAGAUUUCUGGAGCUGUGCUCAAGAUGGUGAUGGCUGGCACAGUAUUCGUGAAACCGCUCGCUAUAUGAUGUAUGAGGAGAAGAGUCCUGUACGUACAUCGCUGCCGCGACUGGCGGGCUUGCUACCCGUCUGGCAGUCCCGUGAAACUGGUCUAACAGAUCUUCAGUUGGUGCAAGGGCAGCAGCCUUGUCCCACAGGUGAGAUCUUCUUCAUGUUGCUGGACAUCAUAGUGGUCAACACAGGAAUGAUGCGAAAUAGCAUGAAGGACUUCGACGACAACAUUAUCGAUACCAGCGUCAUCUUGAAGACCUUGCAAGUCCUUCAGGUUCGCGUGCCUUCGUUUGAGGCUGCUUUGAGCUCCGGCUGGCCUUUGUUUGGCUUGCUCGUGAUCCUCCAAGAGGGGCUCUUUAAGCUUGGACGACUGGCAGCACAUCAGUCGUAUAGUCUUGUGCGGCAUUGGGGCAGCAUGGCUCAGGUUUGCGAGGAAGCGCUUCCUCUGCGUGCAGCACUGCAGAACUGGCUUGAAGCAGAUGCUGGCGAGGAACUUUUGCCACUGCUUCCAAUCGGAACUCGCAUGUCAGCCACACGACUAUGGCGCCGUUUGGUCUCCAUGCCCGAGCUCUGUGAAAACGAACCAGGAGCAAUUGCCGCGGCCAGAAUGGUGGCAAGUGGGCUUUUGCCCGAGCAAGCGCGUUCUUGGAAUGCUACAGGCUGGCAGCAGGCAUACAGUCGAUUGAAAAGUUCGUUAGAUCAUGCCCUGGAAGCAAUCUCCUGGCACCGUCUUCUUUUUUCAGGUUGGCCUCUACUGGCAAUUUUGCAUCGGCUACAAGAAGCUUAUGUCCGAGAGGCACUAUGUCGUGACGUGGACAGGUAUGCCUAUGCCAUUCCCAGCCUUGCAGAACCUGAAAGUGUUUGGGUUUGUGUUCGCAGAGAAGCUGAUGUUGUGGAUGAGCGGUGGCGCAUGAAGGGAUCUUUUCCUGAUUGUGGGCACAUCGUUCGAGAAGUACGGGAAACUUUGCCCGAAUCUUGCACAUUUGUCGAUGUAGGCGCCAAUCUUGGUGGCUGCACUCUAAUGCUGGGCAAGGACAGGCACCCAGUCCUGGCGAUUGAAGUGGUGCCAAUCCUGGCGAAGCUGCUGAAUGCUUCGGUGAAGCGCAACAGCCUAACUUCGCACGUGGAGGUUCUGCAGGUGGCAGUUGGCGCUAGAAAUGCUGCGGGAGCAUUGCACUGUUCUGCUGGACACAGUGCCAUUUGUCACGUUCUACCGACAGAGCACAAGACCGAGACAGAAGUUGCAACCAUGUCGCUGGACUCCAUCCUCGAGAUGCGGAAACUAUCGCCGUGUGCCAUUAAGAUAGAUGUGGAGGGCUCUGAGUUGGAGGUACUAAAAGGUGCCCCGGAGACCUUGAGGGAAUCUCAACCCAGCCUUUUUCUAGAACUACAUCCCUACGAAUUGCGGGAGCGCGGAAGCUCGAGUGCAGAAGUAUUUGACAUCGUUAUCGAACAUGGCUAUGACAUGUUUGAAAGACCUGCCUGCCAGAGCAGCCCUUUGGAGGAACGAGAUUUAUGGAGAGGGAAUGGUACCUAUGCCAAUGUUCGCUGGGUACGUGCUGAACCUCUGCCAAGCAUUCGCCUUCCCGUUAUCCCGGAUCAUUGCUCCUGUGAACAGGAAUGUCACCUUCGGCUGCUGCCGUCAAACGGGAGAUUCAGCGGGAACUGCCGUUGCUGGGAUUUCAAUUCAGCCUCUGGCUCAUGUACUCUGUACAGGCGUUGUGGAAAGCAGUUGCAUGAUGCUCUGCAGCCAUCUGAUGGGUGGUGGGCAGGCGAACUGACCGGCAACUGGCAUAUCUUCAGAAAAGGUGCAAGAGUUGGUCGACAUCCCAAUCUGAUGCAGGAAAGUAGGCAGCCACCGAGUCUUUCUUUUGGGGUAAGGCACCAUCCAGAAAAAAUGUUUCAUUCCUAG